GUUUUCUUCAUUAUAUCACCUAUUCUCAGAUUUUGCCUCAAGGUGGACUGUUUAGUUCAGUUUCUCAAGUAAACACAAAAUGAGCAAUUCAAAUAAUAACAUGGGCUCAGGUAGUAGAACUGCUAGAAGGAUAUUCGAAUUCGGAAGGACACAUGUGGUACGACCUAAAGGGAAACACCAGGCUACCAUAAUAUGGCUUCAUGGCCUCGGCGACAAUGGCUCGACCUGGUCUCAGCUCUUGGAAAGUCUUCCUCUUCCAAAUAUAAAAUGGAUUUGUCCAACUGCUCCUACUCGUCCUGUGGCUCUACUUGGGGGAUUUCCUUACUCUGCAUGGUUUGACGUUCGUGAGCUGUCGGCAGAUGGUCCGGAUGAUUGGGAGGGUUUAGAUGCCUCGGCAGCUCAUGUUGCAAACUUCUUGUCUACAGAGCCAUCUGAUGUUAAGGUCGGAAUUGGAGGCUUUAGCAUGGGUGCUGCAAUGGCCCUUUACUCUGCAACCGCUUUUGCUCUGGGGAGGUAUGGAAAUGGCAACCCAUACAACAUCAACCUAAGGGCAAUUGUUGGACUAAGUGGUUGGCUUCCAGGUUGGAGGUGCGUAAGGAACAAAAUAGAAGUAUCACAUGAAGCUGCAAGGCGUGCCGCAUCAUUGCCAAUUAUGCUUUGCCAUGGAACUUGUGAUGAUGUUGUCCCCUACAAAUACGGAGAAAUGUCUGCCCAUUCCUUGAGUGUAGCAGGAUUCCAGAACCUCAUUUUUAAAAUUUAUGAGGGGAUUGGUCAUUACACAGUCCCUAAAGAGAUGAAUGAGGUCUGCAAUUGGCUUACAGCAAGGCUGGGGCUCGAGGGAUCGCGCUAAAUAUAGCAAGGACUCGAUUUUUAUGUUGAACUAGCUACGGAAG